AUGCCCCACAAACCACUCCGCCAACUAGCCGCGGAAAAGGCCCACGGCAACAAACCCGCCAAUCCCUCACAGCUCGGUGAUCCCAUCGACCUCAAGGCCGAGACACAUGACAAGGACGACAGCAGCGGCGGUUACGAUAUCGAGAUCAAUUUCCGCGACAGCGACGUGCCUGACCCGGGCUUAGGUCCCAGUCCCGGGUCAAAUCCCAGUCCUCCCGGGAAAGGCCAAAAGAAUGCUAGUGGUUUGGUCAACGUUGGGAGCGGGGCCGGGCCGAUUGGGGCUGUGAGGAAGCUGGGGUCAAGGUCGAAGCUGUGA